AGUACAGUACAACAAGUACUGAUUAAUCUUGGACAGUUCAAUAAAACUUGUACUGUUGAUCCUUUGACAAUUAAGUACAAUAAGCCUGUUAAUCCAUCGACAAUAAAGUACAAUAAGCGCCUUCGGACUGAACAGUACAAUAUGUUUGGCUAAUUCUUGGACAGCAAAGUGCAACAAUUGUUUAUCUGUGGGACAGUACUGAACAACAAAUCUUGUACUAAAAAUUAACCCUGAACCUGAACCCUGAACCUGAUGUUACGAUGGAGAAGAGAGGAAGAAGAGGAAGGAAACCUAGUGUUGCAUAUUCUCUACAGUCUGGAGUAUCUGGACUAGCAUGCCAAGUCCUUUAUUGUGGGAGAAGUUUUGAAAAUCCAGUUGAGCUUGAGCGCCAUCAUGUUUUCCACCUUGAGCAGGAGUUCAAGGAUAUCGACAAGGUUAGGAUUAGGAGGGUUCGAGGAGAGCGUGGAGAAGUAGGUUCCAAACUCAGAAGGUUGAGAUCUGAAACCUACUCCAGGCUGAAGGAGAGAAGAGAGAGAAGGAGGUUGUUGUCUUCAAGUUUAGGACAACCAGGCAUUACUGUGUGUCAGGUUUGUUGUGAAAAUAUUGAAGGAUCUCUGGAGGAUCAUUGUCAACAUGUGAAAUCCUGUCUUCAGGUUCCCAGGACUGUUGAGAAUUCUGAAGAAGAAUAUGUAUAUGUAGAGGAUUAUGAGGAAUAUGAGUGGGCGGGACAAUCUAGAAUAAGAGUCAACACCCUUCUGUCUGGCGGGCUGGCAGGUGCAGGCUUCCUAACAAUUCAGAGGACAGAUGAGACGGAGGAGUUGGAUGUGACCGGGGAGGAGGUUGAGUUGGGUCCCGAGCAGUACAAUGAGAACAGUUUAGUUCAGGCUUCUCGUCAGGAGGAUGAAGAUAAACUUGAUCAAUCCUACUCCGGGUCUAGUACUGAUAUACCUGAAACUAUAUCUAAAAACUCUCAACCUCUGUCGGAAAACACCCUUCCUAAACCAAAACAAGAUGUGAAUAAAGUUGAAAAACUUAAAAGUGAAAUUUCGCGACUGGAAGCGGUAACUCGCGAAUUGCAGGAUAUGAGCACAUGCCGCGUAUGUUUAGAUAAAUAUGUGCGCCACGUGGUGAGCACUGCUUGCUGGCACGUGCAUUGUGAGGCGUGUUGGCUUCUCACUCUAGCAUCUAAGAAACUAUGCCCGCAGUGCAAGACAAUUGUUAAACCUUCAGAUCUUCGUCGAAUUUAUUUGUAGCCAGGGUUCAGCUGAACCUUCAAAAUAUUAGAAUAACAAUAUCAGUACAAAGCCUCAGAUGCCAUUUAGUUCGCUAAAAUAUAUUACUCUACACUUAAGGCAAAAUUUAGAUUCUAACGAUGGAAUUUGGAAAUACAAUAGAAAGAUUAUUUAAAAUUUUGCAUCUUCAUCUCUGAAAUCUUCUGUAAGAGCCAAAGUUUUCCAUAAUGAAUCAAUUUAAAACAAGUAGUUAAGUCUCCCAGGAAAGUCAAAUAAACUUUAAAUGGUUUAAAGCUUGUGCAUAACUAUCCAUGAAUGGCAUUAUUUGAGUAAACCAUGUAUCCUAUGUUUGGACAAAUGUCUCAAUUUGAAUACAUUUUAAAAUUUGGAUAUUUGUAUGAAUAAUCUGAAUGUCGUCUGCUUUGUUUUCUUCUUGAGCCUUUAACUCUGUUUGCAAAGAGACUGAUAUAUUUCUUACUUAACACCCCCAAUGCUUAGUUUCCUUUACAUGAGCUCUUGUAUUGUUAACAUCGAGUUUAAUGCUUGAUCUCCAUUUUAUUUAUUUAUCUGCAGAUUAAUUAAAUCUUUACUCGAUAUAGCCUACCCAACUAGGGGUUUAAGGGAGCUGUGACCACGGAGGGAAUAAUCAAAAUAAAGACAUUGAUAUCUAUAGUUUUUAUUGAUCUUUAAAAUAGAAUUUCCAAAGUAGAUAUCAAGAUUAAGUGAUUGGGAAAGCUGUUCGCUCAUAUAUAUUUAUAUGUUGGAUAAAGUUGGACAAACGUCUGGACCAAAUUGGCCCAUAUGGGUGCCCGGGAGCAACAUAGGCUGAAAAAAUAGAAAUAAAUCAAAAAUCUCAUUUUUUUAAUUGGAAAUUUGAUGGGAAUCCUAUGUCAAUGAAUUUUAUCUUCAAAAUUAUCUUGACACUCCCUCUCACUUGAUAAUUUUUAAAUCCUAUCCCGAUAUGUAAUUACAAAUUAUGUGUUCUAUCCCAAUUGAAGACAACCAGUUGUCCCCCCCCCCUUCCUUCGACAUUUAAAAAAAUGCAUUGUCUCCAGUACUUUCCUUCAAUAUCUGAAAGAAGCUCAAAUAAACUUCAAACUUUA